AUGGAGGAACGACGACAGAGGAAAGUCGUGACACAAAGAAACGGACUGGAAGAGAACUGGAAGAUCCAGAAGAAUCUGGAAGAUCCAGAAGAAUCUGGAAGAUCCAGAAGGACUGGAAGAGGUGGAACGAAUCGGACUCCUCGGGAGACCAAAGGAUCCAAGGAAAUGCAGUCUGCGACGCAGAAAAACGAUUCGGGGAAGAAACAGAAGAAGUCGAAAAACAAGAAGGGGAAGAAGGAUGCAUCGGUGGAUACGACGGAGAAUCCGAUGGCAAAGCUGAAUGAGAUGUUUAAGAAUCUCGCUGGAGGGGUUAGUAAAUCCAACCCCACUCCAUCGGAACCAUCCAAGCCAGCAGCUGCUGCCAAAGUCAAGAAUGCGACGAUUUGCGAUGAUGAGCCAGCCACAUCGAAACUUCCUCCACUACCGCCAUGUAUUGUGAUGCCGCCGGAUGUGAAGCCAGCACCACCUCCAUCAUCGCCAGUUGUGAAGUUAGCAGCCCCGCCAGUUCUGGUUGUUAGCCCAGCCCCAGUCACCACGGAUCCUUUGACCCCCUACUCACCAGCAACACUGAAUUCGACAUUGUCGUUCACGGAGAAAUGGAUGGGAGAGGAGACGGCGAAGAUCUGGCUCGAGAAGGUGGACUUCUUGAAGACGAAGCAAGAGUUUGAGCAGAUCCAGAACGUGGUGGUGCCAGUGGAUGCUUGCAAGAAGUGGAAAGCCAACAGGGCUCUCAACCAACCACCACAGGACGAUUUUCCAGUUUUGGACGCGAAUCUGGUCGUCUUCGAGAACACAUACUUCUUCCCGAUUGGAAAUGGAGAACACGUGUACCAUGGAACGAUGUUUGUCAACAAUCGACGGGUGGAAGCGGUCAGCGAAGAAAUGACGCGUUUUGCGAUCGAGGUGUUGCCGGAGGGAUGUUCCAACUCCAUCAUCUGCACCAUCACAAUAGUCAAGAAUUGGUCGCCGGACAGUGUCCAUGCAAAACAAGCGGUGGUUAUCAAGGAGAUUAUUGAGAUGACAACGUUCUUGACAAAGGCAAAGGAUGAGAACGCGCUGGUGAUGUCAAAGCAUGGAGCCGGGCGAGCUGGUUACUUCGUCGCUUUGGCUGUGGUCGUUCACAAGUUGGAUAAGGCGACGGAGCCACCGAUUCAGGAAAUUGUCAAAUCGCUUCGAGGACAGAGGCCAAGAGCAGUGGAGUCGUUGACACAGUAUGUGUCUCUCUACACGACACUUUUUUAUUACAUUAAGAGAAAAGUUGGCCGAAGCGAUGGAGAUAAGAAGGCAGCGAUGGAGUGUGAUGAGCCGACGUGCAAGAAGACGGUUCAACUAACGACUACAUUCACGAAUGCACUGAUCGCAGAAGUCAACGCCGCCGCCGGAAGAUCAACGUUGACAGUGACAAUCAAGUAG